CGCGGACCCCAAAAUUGGCGAUCCAAUCCCGCUCACUCCACCCAACGCUUCUUCACGACACUUACAAGACGAGCACAAGGAGGCCUUUUCUCUCUUUCUCUCUCUUUUUUUUAUUUCCUGGCCAGGAAAAGGGAAGAGGGCGAUUCUCUGUGAGAGCGAGGAGCGCGAUUCCACCACUCCACUCACAUUGUUCUUGCGCGGUCGGUCACGCUGGCUACUGAGGGGCGCCUCCUCCAUUUGCUCCCGGUCACGGGGAGAGCUGAUCUCCUGUCCCCGAAUCGCUCACAGGUGGCUCGCCCCGAAUUCCCUCCAUCGCCAUCGCCGCGUGAACCAGGUGGUGGUGGAGGAGGAUUCUUUGGGACGAGGAUGAAUCACUGGGCCAGUGUCACCAAUGGUCACUCGGCGAGAACUAUUCUGGUGACUGGCGGCGCUGGAUAUAUUGGAAGUCAUUGCUCGCUCCAGCUCUUACUCGCUGGAUACAAGGUGGUGAUCAUCGACAACCUCUCCAACGCAUCGGACGAGGCGGUGAGAAGAGUUGGAGAUUUGGCCGGGAAAUACAAGAAGAACUUAUACUUUUACAAGGUGGAUUUGUGUGACAAAGAGUCCCUGGAAAGGAUGUUCUUGGCACAGAGAUUCGAUGCAGUCAUACACUUCGCGGGCCUCAAAGCUGUUGGGGAGAGUGUUGCAAAGCCGCUGCUCUACUACUGCAACAAUCUCGUAGGGACGCUCAAUCUCAUGGACGUCAUGACCAAGCACAACUGCAAGAAGCUUGUUUUCUCGUCAUCGGCAACCGUGUAUGGACAACCAAAGACUGUUCCAUGUACUGAGACUUUCCCUCUGGAUGUUUUGAAUCCAUACGGACGAACGAAGCUCUAUAUCGAACAGAUUUGCCGCGACUUAUACGCAGCCGACACUGGCUGGCAAAUCAUCUUGCUCAGAUACUUUAAUCCUGUGGGAGCCCAUCCCAGCGGACACAUUGGUGAAGAUCCUCGUGGAAUCCCAAACAAUCUGAUGCCGUUUGUUCAACAAGUAGCAGUCGGAAGAAGACCCGAGCUGACAGUGUUUGGGAACGACUACCCAACGAGAGACGGAACAGGGGUCCGUGAUUACAUUCACGUCGUAGAUUUGGCCACUGGUCACAUUGCAGCGGUUGAGAAGCUUUUCAAGUCUGGGAGCACGGGAGCCUGUGAUGUUUAUAAUCUUGGCACGGGACGGGGAACUUCCGUAUUGGAGAUGGUGGCGGCAUUUGAGAAAGCGUGUGGAAAGGUACAGCUCAUACAAUUGGAGAGAUGCUUCUCUCUUUUUUUUUCGUACCAAAAGAUGCAAAGACAAACUUGGUCGAUGGCCCCUGUGCUGCAGAAAAUACCGCUAAAAAUCGCUGGUAGAAGACCAGGUGACUGUAGCGAGAUCUACGCAUCCACAGAGAAGGCCGAGAAGGAACUCGGAUGGAAGGCCAGGUAUGGUAUCGAUGAAAUGGCCAGGGAUCAAUGGAACUGGGCCAGCAAGAAUCCAUACGGCUACGUCUACGAAGAGGAGAACAAUCACACCGAGUGCAAGGCUUACAGCAACUGAUUCGUUGGGGCGUCGACGACGAGGAGAAAGAGGUGGGAGAUUUUGUAAUAUAAUUCCUUUGGUCAGCUUAGAGAUAGCUCCCAGAUAGCUGGAGAUAGAAAUGCUGGGGAAUGGGGGGUUUAGCUUUACGGGACACAGGGAUAAAGCAGAUAAACGAACACAGCAAAGACAAGAACAAGCAAGAAGCAAGAAGCAAGCAAGCAAGCAAGAAGAUCCCAUAACAGUUUUGCAAGAAAAAUGAUGACCCAUUCUUUUGUUGGGCUCGGGAGGGAUGAUGAUCUCAGUUGAUCCCUUUGCCUCAACUCACUUUUGUAGAGGACGUUUGAUACUGGAAAGUUAAAAGGAAAAGGAAACCGAAAAAACAAUAAAGAAGAAGCUCGCCGAUGCCAAUCACUUGGUUGGAGUCACGAAUUAUUCCGAGUCAGUCAAGAUGCGUUGACUGCAUUUGCCCUUA